ACAGCGCAGCGCAGCGCGUCGCGUCAAAGGCAGGGAGACACUUCACCGCCGCCUCGCAGUCGCCGCGCAGGAAGCCGCCAGUCCGGCCGAGCAGGUGGAUUUCUGAGCAGCGGCACGUCCGUCGGACAGCGGGAUGCUCCAGCCUCCACGUUCGCCGCGCAGAUGACCGGGCUGCGGCGCUGACGGGCGAAGCGUGUGCGCCAACAGCAGCAGGGUGAGCUGACGGUAAAUGAGAGGCCAUCACCAUGCCCCCGGGGAAGUAUGGGAUGCAGGAGGAGUGGGGGAAGGAGGGGGACCAGGAGAUCGUCAUGGACUUCCUGCUGCCUACCGGGAUCUUCCUGAAAUUCCCCGUGUCUCAGAACGACACCAUCAGAAACAUCAAGAAAAUGGUUUGGAAAAACGCCAGCCGCGAGGCCCUGUUCUGCGCGCUGGGUGAUCCCGACCUGUACGUCUUCACCUGCAUCAACCAGACGGCGGAGCGGGAGGAGCUGGAGGAAGAGUCGAGGCGGAUCAGCGACGUGCGGCCUUUUAUGUGCGUUCUGAGGCUGGUGGCGAGGGAGGGCGACCGUGGCGAGAAGCUGACCAACGCCCAGAUCAGUCUGCUCAUCGGCAAAGGUCUGCACGAGUUCGAAGCCCAGAAGAACCACGAGGUGGACGAGUUUCGCUCCAGGAUGCGCAUGUUUUGCGAAGAGAAGGCCCUGGAGCGGCAGAGUUUGCCGUGGCAGCGCUGGAUGGAGUACAGCUUCCCGUGCGAGCUGGAGCCCUGCAGCUCCCCGGCGGCCGGCAGGAGCUCCAAGUCCAAGCACGGCAAGAAGCUCUUCAUCAACGUCAAGUUUGAGUCGAGCGACGAGAGCUUCAUGCUGCAGCAGGACUCUCAGGACCUCCCUUUGGCUCUGAUGAAGAGCGCCCUGAAGAAGAAGGCCACGGUCUUCCGCUCGGUACGGCAGGAGCCCGAGGAUUACACCCUGCAGGUCAACGGCAGGUGGGAGUUCAUCUACGGGAACCACCCGCUGUGCCAGUUCAAGUACGUUUUCUCCUGUUUAAGGAACGGUCAGAACCCCCAUCUCAUCAUGGUGCACCACAGCACCAUCAGCAAGUACCAGGAGGAUCAAGGCAGAGUGUGCAGCCAGAUGUUCAAGACCCGCUCCCUGUCCAGGCCUCCUCCUCUGCCCCUGAAGAAGCAGAACACCUCCUCCCUCUGGUCCAUAAAUGAGCCCUUCUACAUUCACCUCCUUCAGGGCAGCAGAGUCAACGCAGACGAGGGAAUGAAGCUCGUGGUGCAAGCCGGUCUCUUCCACGGCAACGAGCUCCUCUGCAAGAUGAUGACGAGCUCUGAGGUGACGGUGCGCUCCGAGCCGCUCUGGGACCAGAGGCUGGAGUUUGACAUAAACGUGUCCGACCUGCCGCGCAUGAGCCGCCUGUGCUUUGCGCUCUACGCCGUCAUCGAGAAGGCCAAGAAACCCCGGGGCACUAAAAAGAAGAACAAGAAAGCAGACUGUCCGAUCGCCUGGGUGAACACCAUGGUGUUCGACUACAAGGACCAGCUGAAGACCGGGGAGUUCCUUUUAUCCAUGUGGCCAUCUGUACCCGAUGACAAAAGUGAGCUGUUGAACCCAAUGGGAACGGUGGAGAAGAACCCAAAUGUGGACAGCGCUGCCGGGCUCCUCAUUCGCUUCCCGAACAUCCGGCCUCACCCGCUCUAUUAUCCACCGCUUGACAAGCUUAUCAAUCCAGAAAGGAACGGCGAAACAGUUUUCCCCCCUAAAGAUGAGUACAUGAAACUCAAAGAAAUAAUGGACAACAAAAAUUACACCGAGUUUUUUGAGGAUGAGAAAGAGCUCCUGUGGAAGCUCCGCGCGGAGGUGCGCGACUAUUUCCCCGAGUGCCUGUCCAAGCUGCUCCUCAUCACUAAGUGGAAUAAACAUGAGGACGUAGUUCAGAUGGUGAGUUUACUGAAACACUGGCCCGACCUUCCUGCCAUUCAUGCCUUGGAGCUCUUGGACUACAGUUUUCCUGACCCAGCGGUCCGGUCCUUCACUAUUAGGUGCCUCAAGAAGCUCAGUGAUGAUGAGCUGCUGCAGUAUUUGAUCCAGCUGGUCCAGGUGCUGAAGUACGAGUCCUACCUGGACUGUGAUCUCACCACCUUCCUGCUGGAGAGGGCGCUGUCCAACAGGAGGAUAGGACACUUUCUGUUUUGGCAUCUUAAAUCGGAGAUUCACGUGGCGUCGGUGAGUUUGCGUUUUGGUCUGAUUCUGGAAGCUUACUGCAGGGGAAACGUCCACCACAUCAAGCUUUUAUCCAGACAGAACGAGGCUCUGGGUAAAAUGAAGGCCCUGAGCGACAUCGUCAAGAGCGGCUCCCAGAAAAUGACCGUGGACGACUUGAAGCUGUGCAUCAGACAGGAGUCUUACAUGGAGGCGCUGUCGGACCUGCUGUCGCCGCUCAACCCCAGCGUCAUCCUGUUUGAGAUCUGCGCUGAUAAGUGCAGAUUUAUGGACUCGAAGAUGAAGCCCCUCUGGCUGAUGUACAAGAACCCCUUGGAACAUGGAGACAUGGUGGGCAUCAUCUUCAAGAAUGGAGACGACCUCCGGCAGGACAUGUUGACGCUGCAGAUGAUCCGACUCAUGGAGAAUCUGUGGAAAAAAGAAGGCCUGGAUCUCAGGAUGAUCCCUUACUGCUGCCUGUCCACCGGCAACAAAAUGGGGCUCAUCGAGGUCGUGAAGAACGCCGACACGAUUGCCAACAUCCAGAGGAACAGCAGCAACAGCGCGGCCACUGCUGCCUUCAACAAGGACGCCUUGCUCAACUGGCUCAAAUCUAAGAACCCAGGGGACAAACUUGAUCAAGCGAUAGAGGAGUUCACGCUCUCCUGUGCUGGCUACUGUGUAGCUACUUACGUGCUGGGGAUUGGAGAUCGGCACAACGACAACAUCAUGAUCAGGGAAACUGGACAGCUGUUUCACAUCGACUUCGGACACUUCCUGGGAAACUUCAAGCGGAAACUUGGGAUCAACAGGGAGCGUGUGCCGUUUAUCCUGACGUAUGACUUUGUCCAUGUGAUCCAGCAAGGAAAGACAAACAACAGCGAGAAGUUUGAAAGAUUCAGGGAAUACUGUGAGCACGCCUACAAGAUCCUGUGUCGAAACGGGUCGCUGUUCGUCAACCUCUUCGCCAUGAUGAAGGCAGCAGGCCUGCCGGAGCUCACAUCCUCCAAAGAUAUCCAGUAUUUAAAGGAUUCCUUAGCUCUGGGCAAACCAGAGGACGAAGCGCUGAAGAAUUUCAAAGUGAAGUUCAACGAAGCGUUGCGGGAGAGCUGGAAGACGAAAGUCAACUGGAUGAUGCACUCCUUGGCCAAAGAUAACAGACCGUGAGGAGCGGCGCGCCGGUGAAGCCUGCCAAAAAUGAUAACUUUUAACUUAUAGACAGAAAAACAAAGAAGAAAAAGAUAAAGAUUUAUUUGACAUGCGGCAUUCAAACACAGACAUCGGCAAAUGUUUACAUGCCAGCGGCUGAGAAUCAACUAAAUAGAGUCAUCCAAAGACAAUGAGCCAUUUCAGCACGGACAUUUUCAAAGUAAAGGACAUCUAUUUGUGUUAUGUUUCCAUCUAUGAAUGAACUGUCUCUACCAACCCAGACCAUCAAAUGCAACGUGGAUAUUGUGAAAGUUGCUACUUGAAGACCAUAUGCUCCUGCAAAGUGCAUCGCCCGAAACAAAAAGCUCGUCUCAGCAAAUGCAUUUCCCAGCAGGGAGCGACUUCUAGAGACUUUUUCGCCCAGUCACAGCAGCGGAUGGCAAUGACUCUGUCACGUACUGUUUGAAUUGCGUCUCGCCAACAGUGUUGCAUAUUUUUAUACCGUGCUUUAUUUAAUUAGAUUGUUGUGGAGAACUUGUAAAGUCAUUAUGUUUAUUUUAAAUUAAUUUACUGUCGCUGUGUCAUUUGGCCUUGAAGCUUAUUGAGUGCCAGUACAAAUGAAGCAUUGUGCACAUUUAAUGUAAGGCAAGAUGUUUCUGAUUUAAUUUUUUUUAUUAUUUUCAUUUUAUGAUGAACACACCAGAGGACCAUGCUUUGUUGCCCAGCAGAAUCUUGCUAGAGUCAUUUUGCAUUAAAGCCUUUAAUGUAAUUAAUGCUAUUUUUUUUCUCUGUCAAAAGAAAAGAUCAGUUUAUGUUCGAUGAGUUUGAAAUACGAGGCGGCAACAUGUUGCUUUGCACAAAUGCUGGGAACAGGCCAGAAGGCUCACCUUGCAUCUGGCUAUGUACAACUCUAAAUUUCACGAUCUGUUUUGUGCGGAGCAUGAGAGUUGUUCAUGGAAAGAAACACAGUCAGACUCAUUGUUUACCUCACAUUUUUCUUCCUACAAAAGUAAGCAACUAAUGUCUGUAGUGUUUAUCGCAAUGAACUGUCCUAAAAGGGUGUUUCUUGUAAAAAACCUUGAUGGAUUUUAUUUAAAAUGCCUUAAACUCAGCUUUUAAGGACAGAUCCCUACCAGCAGCUGGAGAAAGAAUACUCAAGAUGCUGUACAGCGAAGAUAGCAUGUGAUGAAAGGAAAUGCUGGGGGUUGGUACUUGAUACGAUCUGUGGACACAGAAAAGCCAUUUACUCGUGGAUGUACUUCUCAGUCUGUGAUUUUGGUCACACUGUAAAUGUCAGAGGUCAGUGUGCAUAAUGUGCACUCUCUAAGAGUAUAAACUGGUUGUGCAUGUGUGUGCGCGUGUGUUGUGAUAUUUAAGGUUUGCACUUCCAUUGCAGUACUUGCCGAAUGUGCCAGGUAACAUGAAACAUAUUCAUGCUUUUAGGGUCAAUCACUGUAAUGAAAAUAACUGCCGCACAAAGUGCUUAUUGUCAGUUUAAGUGAGACUGUGCACUGUUUGAUUUCAUUUCUAGGUGUUUUUCUGGAUUACUUUACAUGCUGUAUUACCCCACUGUAUGUCCUGAAAGGACUCCUUGCCUUUUUGCCUUUUUUUUUUUUUAAAUAUAUAUUGUUAAACAGUCUCUUCUUAUGUGAGUCUCUGUGCAAUGAUGACAAGAAGAGGAGCAAGUGUAGCUGUAGAUUGUGCAGCAACAAGGUGAUGAUACUUAUAAUUUCUGUCCCUUUACAGGGGCUUCACUAAAUACUGCUUUUGAUUGAAAUCAAUUGGUCCUUUUGCUAAUCGUUAAGUAUGAUAUUGUUGUUUUAUAGGCUGAUCAUAAUUUUUAAAUGGUUAGAAUACGGUACAGCUCCCUUAAGUUCCAGGCCAGGUUUUCAGUUGUGCAGCUAAAGCAAAUAAAUUAUCUUCUGAAUGUCAGUUUGAUGUCACGUUUUUGCAUCUCUCUCUCCCUUU